AUGUCCCCCGCAAUCGAGAACGACGACCUCGAGGAGCUCUCCCUGAGCAUGCCGACACCGCGACGGGGAGGCGCGAGCACCACCAGGACCGUCGAUUUCCAGACCCCCGACCCCGUUCUGCCCGCGCCCUCGGUGGAGCCCAACAAGGCGCGAGACUCGAAAGCGAGCCAGCGACUGGGGCAGUACACGAUUGUGAAGACGCUGGGCGAGGGCUCCUUCGGCAAAGUGAAGCUGGCCACACAUCAGGUCAGCGGCCAGAAGGUUGCCCUGAAGAUCAUCAACCGGAAGCGACUCGUCACACGCGACAUGGCCGGCAGAAUAGAGCGCGAGAUCCAGUAUCUGCAGCUGCUGCGGCACCCUCACAUCAUCAAGCUGUACACGGUCAUAACCACACCCACCGAAAUCAUCAUGGUCCUCGAGUACGCCGGUGGAGAGCUCUUCGACUACAUUGUCAACAACGGACGCCUGCAGGAGGACAAAGCACGUAAAUUCUUCCAGCAGAUUGUGUGCGCCGUUGAGUACUGCCAUCGACAUAAGAUCGUACAUCGAGACUUGAAACCCGAGAACCUGCUCCUAGAUGACCAGUACAACGUCAAAAUCGCCGACUUUGGGCUCAGCAACAUCAUGACAGACGGAAACUUCCUCAAGACAAGCUGUGGAAGUCCAAAUUACGCCGCGCCAGAAGUCAUCUCCGGCAAGCUGUACGCUGGCCCGGAAGUCGACGUCUGGAGCUGCGGUGUGAUUCUCUAUGUUCUGCUCGUGGGACGGCUGCCCUUCGACGACGAGUACAUCCCCACACUGUUCAAGAAAAUCGCCGCAGGAAACUACAGCAUACCGAACUACCUUUCGCCAGGCGCCGUUUCGCUGAUCAAGAAGAUGCUCAUGGUCAAUCCUGUGCACCGCAUCACGAUUGGCGAGAUCCGCAUGGAUCCAUGGUUCACAAAAGACUUGCCUGCCUACCUCGAGCCACCCAUCCAGGAGUUCUUUGACACAGGUAUUGAUCCCAACAAAGCCAUAGACCCAAAGAGCGUCGCGCCCUCACAGCCUGCGCCGAUUGUGCAGAAGCUGCACGAAACGGUUGUCUCGAAGCUUGGCAAGACAAUGGGUUACGCGAAACAUGAUGUCCAGGAGGCGCUGGCGCGCGACGAGCCCAGUGCUAUCAAAGAUGCAUAUCUAAUUGUUCGCGAGAAUCAGAUCAUGAAGGCAAAUCCACUCUUAACGAACGAGCAAAACCUGCACCCAUUUCUAGCAUCGUCACCUCCUUCCGGCCACGACUAUCUGAGCCAGUCGAUACCUCAGGUUUUGGCUGGUGGCUCUCGUCCUCAGAUCAUUCCGCCUCCCUCUGCCGACCAUGAACGCGCACGCCAAGGCUCGAACGCGAGCAGCCAGCUUGCAAACGUACGCAGUCCUGUCAGCACCAUUGCCAUCCUACCCAGCAGUCUUACAGAGUACCACACUGCGUACAUGAAAGGCCAACCAAGACCAUCACCUGCUUCCCAGGGGCUGGAAGGGUCACCACUUACCGGACAGACCGAUGAGCAACGCGCCGCCAACGCUCGUCGCCUGAAGCCCAACUUCCGGACACUCCCAGAUCCACAACGGCCGAGGCCUGAGCCAAUGACAGCUCUACCAGCAAAGAAAGCGAGACCGACCAAGUGGCAAUUUGGUAUUCGCUCACGGAAUCAACCUGCUGAAGCGAUGCUUGCCAUCUUCAAAGCUCUGAAGGCUAUGGGUGCCGACUGGGAAAUUCCAGAACCACGCAAAGCUGGAGGGGGAAGCGGCUCGCGCUCUCGUAGCGGGUCUCAAGGUUCACAAGAACAACCUGAAUCACGAUCACGAACGCACUCGCAAGGCUCGUCGAUAUCAUCACACUCAUCUCAGGGCGACGCCCGCUCCGACGACGAAGACUCGCCUCACCGCAAACCCCUCACGGUGCGCAACGCCUCGUCCGACCAAGAGACCCGCGGCCGCCAAAAGCACCACUACAACCACGCAAAUGACUGGGGCUACCGCGUCCCCGAUGAUCCUUGGGUCAUCAACGCGCGCUUCCGCAAAGACGGCAUGUUCCCCCCUGGCGUCGCACAUCCCUCUUCCACACAUUCGUCACGCGUCGAUCUGCACCACGAUCCUUCGGCCCGCAGACGCAGCUCCACCACAACCAGCACGUCAAGUCACGCCGUUGACGGUAUGACCCAUGCUGACGGCUCUUACGACCUCUCCGACUACCCGCAGCCGGACGAGGCCGUGUGGAUCUACAUGUCGAUCCAACUCUACUCGAUCGACCGCGAGUUCUUUGUCGUCGACUUCAAGUGCGCGGGCUACGAGCGGCUGGUGUCGAACCUCGUGCGCGAAAUCAAAGCCAACCCGUCCGUCACCGAUUUCUCGUCCAGCCACCGUAGCAAACACCAGCAUGAAGAUGGCUGGGACGACGAGCAGGGCGUGUGGCGGCGCCUGGACGAGGGCGAGCCGCUGCCGGAGGAUCUCGCCAAGGAGCUGAGGGACGGCGGGAAAGGCGUGCUCCGCGAGAGGACCGAAGAGGUGGGUGUCGGGCGCACCGAGGGCGAGAAAGUGUGCACGAGUCCGUUUCCGUUUUUGGAUGUGGCGAGCACGCUUAUCCUGCAGUUGAGCGGGGAGUAG